GUAGUCGAUAAACAAGUCUUGCAAAUUUGUGGUAAAACAAGAAGAUUUUUCGUGAUUUCAAUUAUUUAUUCCUUUACAAACACAAAUACACAGUGCACACUCGUUGGAGUAGUUCCGGAACUAAUGCCUUUAACCAAAGUUAAUUAGAUCUUGUACAACUUAUCUGCCUUGCCGCCAAGUUUGUACUGUACAUGGUGUUUAUUCUCUUGUAUUGUUGUUCUUGCCUCUAAGGACCUUAAAGGAGUGCGUGUGCUUUGGUAGCAACUUUUGCCUUGGGAUUAUGUCAAGCAAUCGGGACAGAAUCCAUCGCGAAAGACGCAGCUAAGAGCCAUGUCGGUGUAGGGCCGCCGACAAAGAGAAAAAACACAACCUUAAAAAUCGCGAGUGGGGAAGAGUGGGACGCGGUAUCCGGCGCGGGGCUUCUGGCUUAACCAAUGUGGCACUUCCAAUGAGGAAUCAAUUGCAAGUCGUUGGAUGCUCUCAGUAUUGGUUAUUGGCGAGAUUGGCCCCCAGGCAGCUAUAGUUGUUGUUCCGCUCAGUCCGAGUAAUUUCCCCCGAUUUAGUUUUCGCACCACACUAAAUGGCGGAGGCGGUAGAGACAAAGCCUGCGGUGAUAGGCUUUCCAUCGGAAAUCACCGUACAGCCGGCUUGCAAGCGGCCGCGGCUGGAGGAUGAGGAGCAGGAGCUUAAAGUGGCCGGCUUUUCGCUGAGCGCCAUUGAGGAGAUGCGCCAGACGCGGGAUAAUGAGCUCCAGGGCGAGUCGAUGGACCAGCAGCUCAGGCAGUUCCAAGUGCUCGACGAGGUCGGCUCUGCCAGCGAUGAGGCUGAUGAUUCCGACGAUGCCAGCGACAAGUUUGUCGGCAAAGAUGGCGAAGACGACGAGGAGGCGGCCGAUGGUGAGGGCGAGGAAUAUGACUCUUCAGAAUUCGAUGACGAGGAGAUCGAGAACCUACUCGACGAGAAGUUGCCCGACGAGCUGCGCGACUCCAAGCGGCCCAUGUACGAACAACGUUUCAAGACUGUGCUUGAGGAGAAGCGCCUCAAUCAUUUUGAGGUACUGCCGGAGGGCUGGGUGCAGGUGACCCACAACAGUGGCAUGCCGCUCUUCCUGCAUCGCAAGACGCGCGUCUGCUGUGCCUCCAGGCCUUACUUCCUGGGAACGGGCAGUGCCCGUAAACAUGCCGUUCCUUUGGGAGCAAUUCCCUGCCUCAACUACCGCAGAGCUUUGGAUGAGGAAUCCGAGGCGGAUCAGAAGAACUUAGAACUGGAGGUUCCGCCGACAACGGGCGUGUGUCCCAUAACCGGGGCGACAGCCACAGCCACAGCUGCAGCAGCUCCAACUAAUGCCAUGGAUGUGGAAGGAAAGGUCACCGAUGGGGAUGAUGUCGAUAUGAAGCCAGAGGGUCUGACAGCUCUCAUGCCGGCCGCCAAAAUAGUGACUGUUAAUGAGAACACCCAAAAGGAGUCCAUAACGCCGGACCAGCUGAACAGCUAUUGCCAGAAACUCUUCAAAUUCAAAGUGAUUCGUGUUUUGCGAUUUCGGAGCUGGAAUGCCCGUCGUAAGUUCAUCAAGAAUCGCAAGCACAUCAAGAAUAUCCAAAGGCCCACACUGCCAGACGGGACCAAGCUGAUCAAGUUCCCCAUUCUGGCCGCGUCCGGUGAUGGUGGAGCCAUGAAUCCACGGGGCCGCAAAGAGUGGAUCAUGAAUCCGAAUGGCAAGAGCUUCGUCUGCAUCUUGCACGAGUAUGUGCAGCAUGCUCUGAAGACGCAGCCCACGUACGAGUUCAAGGAGCUGCAAAAUGCAGCAACGCCGUAUUCAGCCACCGUUUCGGUAAAUAAUCUCAAGUACGGCACCGGCUAUGGCACCAGCAAGAAGCAGGCAAAGUCAGAGGCGGCGCGUGAGACCCUGGAGAUACUCAUACCCGAUGUCAAGGACAAGAUUACGCGCAACAAGGACCAGAAGAGUGGCAGUGCCAAAAACACGCAGAGCGAUCUGUCUGUUUUCGACGACAUCCGCAUUGAGGAUCCGCGGGUCACCGAGUUUUGUAAUAAAACCACAGAGCCAUCGCCCAACGCAAUACUGCUGACAUGCCUGCAGCGCAACUACGGCAGCGAUGUCCAGAUCCAUCAGGAGAUCAAUCGGACGGCGAACAACAAGAAUGAGUUCACCAUGACUGUGGGCAAGCACACCGCCAAGGUGGUGUGCAAAAACAAGCGCGAGGGCAAGCAGCUGGCCUCCCAGGCGAUCCUUCAGAUCUUGCAUCCGCACAUCAUGACCUGGGGCUCUCUGCUCCGGUUGUAUGGCAACAAUUCGAUCAAGACCUUCAAGGAGAAGAAACUGGAGGAACAGGAGAUCACGGUGUUGCAGAGCAAGGCAGCUGUGAAUCAGCCCAACUAUGCCAUUCUGGACAAGCUGAAAUGCGAGAUGCUGAAGCUGUGUGCCAAGCAGGAGAGCGUCCUCACCAAGGGCACUUUUGUGCCACCCAGCGAUGUUGAUCUACCCACAUCCUCGGGCUCCAACCUAAACAAUGUCGAGCUUUAAUUCUGACUCAAAUCUCUCUUUUACACAACGUAAUACAAUUCUUUUCUGACAUUUAAUUAAUUUUUGGAUGUGUUCUCUAGAGGCAACAACGAACUGACUUCAAUACGGCCUUAAUUACAGCAGCAAUAGUAACAUGUCAUUAUUUUUCCAUAUAUAUUUUAUUAUAAAGUGUGUUUAAAUAUAUAAGUAGCUCCAGUUUGGAAGAAAGGUUUAGGAAUUUACUCAAAGCUU